AUGGCAUCAAUCAGAUCUCUCAGCGGCCGCUGCAUCCGCCCGCUGGCGGCCCUCAAGCAAACUACCACUGCCCCUUCAGCCCGUCCCGCUCAAAUCUCCUCAAAUAUCCGCAGCAAAAUGCAGCUGCGGGCUCAGAGCAGCCUCCCAGCGGCUUACUACCGGGGCGGCACCUCUCGGGCCAUCUUCUUCCGGCAUGAGGAUCUCCCGGCGGACCGCUCCGAGUGGGACCGCAUUUUUCUCGGCAGCAUCGGCAGCCCGGACCCGUACGGUCGGCAACUUGACGGCCUUGGCGGCGGCAUCUCCAGUCUGUCCAAGGUCUGCGUGAUCGGGAAAAGCACACGGCCCGACGCGGACGUCGAUUACACCUUCGUCUCGCUCGGUAUCAAGAACACCAAUGUAGAUUACUCGAGUAACUGCGGCAACAUGAGUGCCGCGGUGGGCCCCUAUGCCGUGGACUCGGGACUUGUCGAGGUGCCGGAGGGAGCAACGGAGGCGACGGUGCGCGUUUUCAACACGAACACUAGCAAGGUCAUCGAGUCCGUAUUCCCGCUUGAUGGCAAGGAGGCGGCUGCGCAUGGCGACUUUGCGAUUGACGGUGUAGCGGGGACGGCGGCGAGGGUCGAGCUGAGGUUCCUCGACCCGGCUGGAUCGCGAACGGGAAAGCUGUUCCCGACGGAGUCGAAGGUGGACGAGAUUGAGGGUAUGAAGGUCACUUGCAUUGACGCUGGUAACCCUUGCGUAUUUGUCCAGGCUGCCACCCUCGGAGUGGACGGAACCAUCACUCCGCAAGGAAUUGAAGAUCAUCCGACUCUGCUGCAGACACUCGACAAGAUCCGUCGCGCUGCAGGUGUGAAAAUGGGUCUCGCAGACUCGAUUGAUAAGGUUCCUGGCAGUGUGCCCAAGAUCGCGAUCGUAUCCCCGCCUGCGGAUGGGAGGGAGAACACCUUGGUGGCGCGGGCAAUGUCAGUUGACCAGCCUCACAAGGCCAUUCCUGUCACCGUUGCGCUGGCGGCGGCGGCAGCAGCCACUGCUGAAGGAACUGUGGUCUCUGAGUGCGUCAAGAUGGGCUCGAAUGGUGGUGGCGAUGUUACAAUCUUCCACGCCAGUGGCACGUUGGAUGUUGCGGCGGAUUAUGGAAAAGAUGGUGCUCUUGAGUCUGCGACUGUCUACAGAACGGCUCGCAGGUUGAUGGAGGGUAGAGUGUUUUGGAAAUAA